AAUCGUCACAUGACCCACGUAACGGUCGUCGUCAUAGUAGUACGCUCCCGUAAAUGGAUGGCGCUGUCGUGUGUGUUAUCUUUGUGCCGCUUUAACUGAACUUUAAACGUCUUAAAUGUCAAACUGCAGUUUACUCGCCGCCGACACGCUCAGAUAUUUCAGUGUUUUAUCUAAACUGGCGACGUGAGAAGAGACGGCUGCUCAAAUUCAAGCUCAGGUGUAUUUGGUGCCUGAUGAUGGGUUUCUGGCAGCCUGUCACCAACAUAAGAGAUUAUAUAUUCCACAAUCCACCAUGGGUGACCUUUUUCCUGUGUCUGCUGGCUCUGGCUGUCUCGUUCAUUGGCCUCGGCUCUUACAUCUCCACCAUCUCCACCAACACUCUGCCUAACCCCGACACAACACUGGACUGGAACUACCUCCUGUCCUCUUUAUCAGAGUUUCAGCUGUGUGUGAAAGCCAAUGCAAAUUCAUCUGAGCUUGUUUCCCCAGUCCCUUCAUCUCUGACAGACAGAGACACUUCCAUUCAACCUACACAGACUCCUCCUGUCACCACUUUACAUCUCAGGGUGCCUCUGGCUGUGACUGCCAACUCAAACAGUGGCUCUCUAAAAGACCUUGGUCUAUACACUACCCUGAGAGCUAAGGAACUACACAUUGGAGGGAAUGAGAUUGUUGAUGUGACUUUAAAGUUUUUGUCUGGAAAUGAUACAUGCCUCACCAUAAGUGCCCCAACACACCUCCUGCCCAUGAGCCUGCUUCCACCAGAGUGUCCUGUAUCUGAGAAAAACAUUUCACCCAUCCACAUGGAAGCGAGCAAGGAGUCUACAGCGUCACAGAGCUGCUACAGUCUACACUUCAAGAAUGACCCUACACUCACAGUCCUAUUAACACAGGAGGAGCUCAGGGUAGCAGUGCGACAUCUGUUGGAAGUCGGCAUGUGUCUGAUAGGAGUUUGUUUGAUGAUCUGUUUAACUGCUGGCCUGACACAUUCACUCAUACGUCGCCACCAUUGGAGUGAACUGGAUCUACAAAAUGAGGCCUUGAUUGACUGACACAUGAACAUUUUUCAUCCUCUGCAUCCUGAAGAAAUCAGUUGAUGGUUGAGAGAGAACAAGAAUAAUUAUUGCUUCUUUAAAAGAGGUGUCCCGCCGAGCACAGUCAUCAUGGGGGAGCAUAACUGUGAAAACAGUUAUACAGCAUCUUCUGUGGAGAGGGCUUUCUACAGCCUGAGAAAAUUAACCCUGGUGGUGUCAGCUUGGGUUCGGAGACUAGAUAUUUAUGUAGUAUCCAGCAAAUUUCAAGCUUUACUCUGACUAGGGAUGAAAAGUCAGGAUAUUUCUGCAUCAGUAUUGAGGAUUUUUAAUCUGUCUGUUCCUAACUUGAAAGUGCAAUACUAAGAUCAGUGGAGUAUCCCUGUUUUAGAAGACUUAAAUAUUGUAACAUAUCCAAGAGAGAAACAUGGUAGAGAAUGAGUAUAUUUUGUAAUAGGACCAUGUUGUAAUGGGAACAACUCUUCAACUAGUAAUGCUUCCCAGAAAUGGUACUUUCACUUCCCAGUCUGUGAUAUUCAAUGCAUUCCAGGAGUUAUUUGCUUUCUGUCUUGUUUAUUUCAGUUCCCACAUUGCCAGGAAUGACUCAGUAUUUUAUAAGGUACAAUAUAUUGUAUUCCUAUCACCAGAUGUUUUUUUGUCUUAAUUGCUUUGGACUAGGUUUGUUUGCCUGUUUAACCACUUCAAUUUACAUAUGGGACAUUUAAAACUCAUUUAAACCAGAUGAUAGAUCUACAGCUGUGCAAGUGUUCUUGCCUUCACCUACAACGUGUUAAAUCACUUGCACAGCAGUAAAAGUGUUAAAGAAAUAAAUAAAUAUCUCUUGCUCCUAAUUAAAUGUAUAAGCAACAGAUGGUGUUUAACGCUGCUAUGAUACAGGCCAUUUGUUAUAUUUGAUUUAUAACAGAGAGUUAACAGGACACUAAGCAAAGUGUAUGUCAUGUAAAUGACCAUGUACUAUGGUUUUAUGCACUAACUCAACUAACUACAGUCAGGGGCGCUGCCAGAAAUUUUGGGCCCCAUGACAAAAAAAUCCAAUUGGGCCCCUUCUGCGCAGCUGUUGUCACCACAUCUCUAGGACCUAACUAUCCCAUCAA